CAGAGGUCUUCGGUGUUACAGUUGUGAGCGAGAUGCGUCAUGAGUGUGUUCUAUUAAUUAGUACAUAAAAAACAUUGUGCUUAUUUGUACAUAAUUAAUGAGAGACUGUGUUGCAACCACGCGACUGCGCGUGUUAGCGCCACCGGUGUUUAAUUUUUGUUGGACGGAAGAGAAAAAAAAAAUAGCUGGCUAGCUUGGUUUCCGCGUACAGGUCAGUUUUUCGGCCUAUUAUUAAUCACAGGAGUAGCGGUAAAGCAGCAUCUGCAUUUGUGAAGCAUCUACAUGGCAGUCAGAAGGGGACACAUCAGAUACCUCAAAGUGUGUGAGGUACAGAGUUGUCAGGGUGACAACAGAGAGUCACAGCGGCAUGGAAGUAAGGGUUCAAUGAACAUAAAGCAAGUAGUUUAUGAUAACGAUUACGACGAACACAUGGCAGAUGAGCCUAAAGAUGCCAAAACCAACCUUAUCGUCAAUUACCUGCCCCAAAACAUGAGCCAGGACGAGUUGCGGAGUCUCUUCAGCAGCAUCGGCGAGGUGGAGUCUGCCAAACUCAUCCGCGAUAAAGUGGCAGGUAAUCCCUAUCACAAAAACCAGAGCCACAGUUUAGGGUACGGAUUUGUUAACUAUGUUAACGCUAGUGAUGCAGAAAGGGCUAUCAAUACCCUCAAUGGGCUGAGACUACAGUCUAAAACUAUCAAGGUGUCCUUCGCCAGGCCGAGCUCUGACGGUAUUAAGGAUGCCAAUCUUUACAUUAGUGGGCUGCCCAAGACCAUGACACAGAAAGACGUGGAGGAUAUGUUCACACGCUAUGGCCAGAUCAUCAACUCGCGUGUCUUGGUCGAUCAGGCCUCAGGCCUGUCCAGGGGUGUGGCCUUUAUCCGCUUUGACAAACGGGCUGAGGCGGAGGAUGCCAUCAAAGACCUGAACGGGCAGAAACCCCCUGGGGCCUCGGAGCCCAUCACAGUGAAGUUUGCUGCCAACCCCAACCAGGCCAAGAACUCCCAGGUCAUCAACCAGCUCUACCACAACCAGGGUCGGCGCUUUGGGGGCCCGGUACACCACCAGGCCCAGAGAUUCAGGUUCUCUCCGAUGAGUGUAGACCACAUGAGCAGCAUGUCUACGGUCAGCGCUGAAGGGAACUCCACGGCCGGCUGGUGUAUCUUCAUCUACAACCUGGGCCAGGACGCUGACGAGGGCAUCCUGUGGCAGAUGUUCGGGCCCUUCGGAGCCGUCACCAACGUCAAGGUCAUCCGCGACUUCAACACCAAUAAAUGCAAAGGCUUCGGCUUCGUCACCAUGACCAACUACGAGGAGGCGGCCAUGGCCAUUGCCAGCCUCAACGGUUACCGGCUUGGAGACAAGAUACUGCAGGUUUCCUUCAAAACCAGCAAGGGGGGUCACAAGUAAACCCAAAAAGGUGAAGGGGAACUUGUUUUCCAUACUUACAAUAAUAGAGGAGUGGGCGGGAACUAAAUGAGAUUGGAAAGGCUACACAUUUGUUCUUGCAAGGGGAUAUCUACUUGGUUCUUAUAAUGUAAUUUCUAGGCUAACUAUCACUUAAAUAUUUCUUAGCUAGUAGAAAAGUAGUGUCUUCUUGCUGUGACAUUAAAAUAACCUACGCCAUUGUGUUUUUUGCUGGGCACGGGGAGGGGUUCUGAAGUUUGCAGAAAGGUUGUUGUCCAAUUCUUGUGGGUUUUGUGUGUCUGUGUGCCACAUACAUGGUUGACGGUGACAAUACAAAAUCCUGCCAUGUCUAAUGGUUUGAUUCCUACCUGCUUGUAAUUUCUCAAUAUUUUACGUAGCCAUUUUAUCAUGAUCAGUAGUUCUGAUCCGGGCCUUGAAUCCCUCGAGUCUUUCUAUACUUCCAUUCUGUCAUUUUUAACACAACCUUUGCUAAAUUGACACCAGAGUAUUAGAUCAAGCUUGCCCUUCUAGAUGUGGAAGUGGGCAUGUGCUGGCAGUGCAUCCUUUAUUUUGAUAUUUUUGGGGGGAUUCGAAUAGGUUUGAGGAAAGAUUGCUAUUUAAUGAGUGACCAAGGGGGAGGGGGGGGGGGGGGGGGGGGGGAAUCAGAAGUGUUUGUGUGUAUAAAUAUAUACGCGCGCACACACACCCCAAUCAUGCCCUCUGACAUCUUUUAAUAUCUGAAAUGUAAUAGAAACCUCAAGGUUUAAAAUGUUCAGUUGAUUAGAAGAUACUCUUCUGUCAACUGUAAUUUAGAUAAUUGAGUAUGCAAGCUGUACCUAGUCUUGUGUUUUUAUUUGAUUGAAACUGCCUUUCAAUGUCAACUUGUUUCCCGUCAUCUUUUUUUUUUUACUCUUUCCAUUUAACAUUUUUGUAGUGGAAAUUUUAGUUUGUUCCCGUUUUAUUUUAUUUUUGAAAGUUACACUUUGCUUUUAAUUUGGGUCAUUUGAAUUUGAAAGUUACAUAAACAUGACUAAAUAUCAUUCCAACUUGGCUCCAGUAUGUGUCCAUACUUGACCUCUUAAUUUGAAUUGGAAAGCCUGUCUGGGCUUGGUUCUGCUUGGUUCAGUUAAUUUUAACCUAAUCAAGGUAACGCAGGAGGUUGUUUAGGCCAAAUGAUGGGGUCCUGGAAGGGGAGCUCACGGUUUCCCAGUUAGAUGAUGGGGUCCUGGAAGGGGAGCUCACAGUUUCCCAGUUAGAUGUGCAUUAUGGCCACUUCUGCGAUUUGUGUGUACAGUCAGUGGGUUUUUUUCUUCUCCAUUUGACUGUCCAGAAAAAUGUAUGUAUUGGUCUUUUUCUGAGGAAUGAAACAUUUUUGGUAACAGCUGAUAACAUCCCCAUUCUCAAAUAAUAAAACACUUCUCCAUGUGAGAAGUUAAAGCUAUUUGUUUUAUUCUGGUUCUAGUUGCCUUCAUUUUACCCUGAAACCAACCCUUGUGGGCUUGACUGUCUUGCGACAGACUAAGACCGCCCAGGCUUUGUGUGGGUGUUCAGCUUCUGGAAGGAUCUGAAAUGUACUCCACUGACCAGAUGGACAAGACCUCUAAACGACACAGCAAACACAGCUAUUUUUGGUGUCGUCUUCUGAUAAAGGUUGGGCAGUUGUUUUUUUAUGUAAACCUUAUCCUGUAUCGAUGGCCACAAAAACAACAAUAAACACUUCUGUGUUGAAUGCUCCAA